AUGGCUAAUCGCGUGGAUGUUCAUCACCACUUCGUCCCGCAGUUCUACCGCGAUGCUGUGCUCGGUGCAGGCGGAGAUCCCUCAGGGUGGGAGAUCCCGCAGUGGUCGAAGGAGUCCGACAGAGAAUUCAUGAAGAAAUACGGUGUAUCGACCACAAUUCUCUCACUUACGGCCCCUGGAGCGUGCAUCCUCAAGGGAGAAGCCUCCGCAAAGCUUGCCCGAGAUGCCAACGAGUAUGCUGCCAAGAUGCGAGAUGACAACCCCUCCCAGUACGGGUUUCUUGCCGCCCUGCCUUCACUGCUCGACAAAGAGCUCGCUCUCCGGGAGUUGUCAUAUGCACUGGACGUGCUUAAGGCCGAUGGAGUUACCUUUUUUACACGGUAUGGUCCGGACAACCAUUAUCUAGGCCAUCCUGAUUUAAGGUACGCGUGGGAAGAGGUGUCAAAGCGAAAGACUGUCGUUUUCGUCCACCCAACUCAUCCGGUAGACACCAACUUAAUCAGCAAGUUACUUCCUCAACCGGUAAUCGACUACCCUUUCGAGACCACUCGUACGGCCGUUGAUCUCCUCGCAUCAAGAACUGUUCGAGAUUUUCCAGACGUCAAGAUAAUCCUUUCCCACGGCGGAGGAACUCUUCCAUACAUCAUUGGCCGCCCUGCAACAGUCUUGCCGUACUUGUCCAAAGACUUUUGCACUGAAGAUGUCAUAGAGGAGGCGCGAAACUUUUACUAUGAUACAGCUGUCGCUGGCAGCGAGAAUGUUCUCACAAUUCUGGAAAAGUUUGCAAAGCCAGGCCAUGUGUUGUACGGCAGUGACUAUCCUUACGCUGGACCUGGCAUCAUCACUUAUCACACGGAUGGUUUGGAUGCUUUCGAGUACAAGAAUAAAGGUCUUCUGCAAGAGAUUAACACUGAUGGAUCUCUAGAGCUAUGGCCGAGACUGAAACAGUACUACGGGAAGUAG